CAACGCUAACAGUCAACCAGUCGAGUUCGAGCCGAAAGCUCGCCCACAAAUUCAAGUGCAACCAAAAAGUUCUGUGACAUAAAUUAACAUGGCUCCUAGGAACAAGGAACAAGAACAGGAGGUGCUGAACUGGAUCAGCGCCGUCCUUGGAGAGCCUCUCCCCAGCGCCGCCUACGAAGACUACCUGAAGGAUGGCGUGGUUCUCUGCAAGCUCAUCAACAAACUGGCCCCUGGAUCAGUCAAGAAGAUCCAGGAGAGGGGAACCAACUUCCAGCUCAUGGAGAACAUUCAAAGGUUCCAAGCUGCCAUUAAGAAAUACGGAGUGCCAGAAGAAGAAAUCUUCCAGACCGCUGACCUGUUUGAGAGGCGUAACAUUCCCCAAGUCACACUCUGCUUAUACGCCUUGGGCAGAAUCACUCAGAAGCACCCUGAAUGGACUGGACCUCAGCUAGGACCUAAGAUGGCGGAGAAGAACGAGCGUACCUUCACUGAGGAGCAGCUCCGUGCUCACGAAAGCGAGUUGAACCUUCAAAUGGGUUACAACAAGGGAGCUUCGCAGUCAGGACACGGUGGCUUUGGCAACACCCGUCAUAUGUAAAUCACCACCUCAUCGCCACUUUCCUACGCUUGAGACCAACCGAACUAUUCGGAAUAAAACAGUAUUCUUAUGUAUGUCAUAUGAAGGUCGAAAAUUUUGAUUUGUGCUCUCUUCCAAGCAAAUGUCUGCAAUGCUUAACAACGUCAAAGAUUGUGUGAUAGUUUUUAAUUGAUUACUAUUAUUUAUAGUAGGUACCUAUUAUAACUUCUAACAUCGCUA